GGAAUGCGGUGGAUUGCACUUAAAGCUAUGACUUGUUUUUCACUUCUUUCCUGAGCUAGCCUAAUUGACUUGAUUCCUCGCCGUUGCGCUGCUGCGUGUUAUUUUCCUCCAGCCACUACAGAUUCCUUCGCAGCAGAAAGCAUUGAAAGCGUCACGAGGUACUCCCUCGUCGCCAAACAGCUGUUGAAAGCGCGCGGUUGCUCGACCUUCAUAUCUGUCCAGUGGGGAAUAAUAUUGUACGCAAGUUGGCCUUCGAUAUGAGACAUGAACAACGCUGCCUUCGUGGACACUAUUUCUGAAGUGCCACCAUUUAGAGAGCCACAUAAUGCGCUACGUCACAUGGACAAUGAGCCACCAACCCAGAAGCGGCGUAAGGUCAACCAGACCAACGCCCCUUGGCGCGUUGCAGUGGUGGGAUCUCUUAUCGUCCUGUUUGCCACGAGUGUGUUUGGUACCUCGGGCCUUUUCUACGUCUACUUCGUGGACACGUUCAGGGUCAGCCACGAAGCUGCAUAUUGGUCGGCCAGCACAAUGGCUGCGAUGCUUAACUGCGCAGGUGGGCGGGACAUUUAUCACAGCCCGAACUUUCUCUCGGUUUUAAAAAGCAAUACGCUUUUCUACAACUUCUGA